AUGGUUGAUCUUUUGAUAGAAGCUAUUAAAACUUUUAGAGAGGGCACAGAAUUGUUGGGGGAAGACAAUCUAUUUGAUGUGAAGGCUUUAGAAGAACCGAAUCAGCAGAAAAAAUCACUGAAGAACUACAAUCUUUCGUUAGAAUUCAGCAAAUUAGAAAAGAUUUUGUUCACAGCGAUGUUGACGAACAAUUGCUUUUUUCUGUUCCUUUUACUGGUUUUUUAUUAA